UCUCGGGAUCACGUUUCUUCAGUGAGCGUCCAGCUCUCUGACAGUGAACGGUCUUCUGUGAAAGGUGCUGGAUGUGAUGCUGAAGUAGCUGGAAGACGAUAUUUAUGAUUUACGGUUUUCUCUCUUCUCUCGGAGAGUCCGGACCACCUGUCACUUCUCUCCACUCUGAGGACAAACUGGCACAAAGAGGAGAAACGAGGCAGAGAGACGCGCGUAAUUUCUCUGUGCGCCCGUGCCGCGCCAUGCCUCUCCUCCUCCUCCUCCUCCUCCUCCUCUGACCGCCUCCUGCUUCGUCCUUCUUGGAUGAACUUUCUCGCCGCCUGCGGGGACGCGGCCGCUCGAAUUGCGAUCAUGAAGACGACGCGGAAAUGUCGCGCGCUGCUGUCGGUGGGUCUGAACCUGGUGGCCCUGUUCUUCUCCACCACCGCCUUCAUCACCACGUACUGGUGCGAGGGCACCCAGCGCGUCCCCAAGCCCAACUGCAGCAAGCAGCGACGCCACAACUGCAUCGAUUACGGCGUGAACGAGACGGACCAGAACAAGGUGCACUACAGCUGGGAGACCGGGGACGACCGCUUUCUCUUCCGCCGCUUCCACACCGGCAUCUGGUACUCCUGCGAGGAGAACAUCCAUGAGGCAGGUGAGAAGUGUCGGAGCUUCAUUGAUUUGGCCCCGGCGUCGGAGAGAGGUGUGUUGUGGUUGUCGGUGGUGUCGGAGGUGCUCUACAUCUUGCUGCUGGUGGUUGGCUUCAGUCUGAUGUGUCUCGAGCUUUUUCACUCCAGCAACGUCAUCGACGGACUCAAACUCAACGCCUUCGCCGCUGUCUUCACCGUGCUGUCCGGUCUUCUGGGUAUGGUGGCCCACAUGAUGUACACUCAGGUGUUCCAGAUCACAGUCAGUCUGGGUCCUGAAGACUGGAGGCCUCACAGCUGGGACUACGGCUGGUCCUUCUGCAUGGCCUGGGGUUCCUUCACUUGCUGCAUGGCCGCCUCCGUCACCACCCUCAACUCCUACACCAAGACGGUGAUCGAGUUCAGACACAAACGCAAGCUGUUUGAGCAGGGCCUGCGCGAGGAGCAGACCUACCUGGACCAGGAAGCUUUCCAUUACUUCCGGGACCGCUCCCUCCAGUCCAUCUCCAGCACUGUGGAGGUCUACCCCGGCCACGGUGGAACCAGAGCCGGGCUCGUUGUAGGGGGCCCGGGUCCUGGCCCAGGACCAGGUCCGGGUCCGGGUCCCGGUCCUGGACGAGGCAAGAUGAGAGCCACGCCAGCCUCCAUAGACCUGGGGGAGAACACAGACUCGCUCGGGGAGGAGCAGUGCUGAGCCAUCCACGGGAAUGGGAGGGUCAUGUGGGAUGGGGGUGUGGCCACAUGAGCCGUGAUGAGAUGAUGAGGCAAACUGCUCCUUUAGGUCUGAACCGGCCACAGGUUCUGCCACCAAACACGAAAGCACAGCAGCCCGUAUUUUCUAUUUGAAGAAGAUUAUUAACUUGGCAAGAAGAGUCGGAGGAAAUUAAUGAAGUCAGACGGCUUUGUUCUUUAUAUGUUAAAUGAAAUCAAUAUGAAGUGUGAAAAACAGACUGAGAUCUUUGACUUUGAGAGCUGGGAAUUAAGAAUCUUUGUGCACAUGUUCUCCAGCAUAUUUUAAGGUGCUAUGUGUAGUAUUUAACAUUGAUAUUAUCAAUUUUAGCUUUUGCUGGACAGCGCCCACUGUGGCCAGAAGUGGCAGUUACAAAAUAAUGUUGAAUGCUGAAGAUUAGCGUAUCAGUGGCACAGGAAGAGAACCGUUAUAAAGUCAGCAAACAGACUCACUAAUGUCAGUUCCACAGCAAUAUCUAUCUUAAGUUAGCUAACAUUAGCCACAUUUGGAUAUCUUGGAUAAGGGAGAAACCAACGAUUGCAUGCUGUUUCGUUGGAAAAACUUAAUGGGAGCUGUAGUUUUUUUGUUUGCUGACAAAUUAAUCGUCUUUUAAAAUCACGAAGGAGAUACUCAUUCAUCUUAAAUCCAAAUAUGGGUAGUAAACCACAGGAACAUGUGACACUUUUUCAGGAAGAGAGACAAAAGAAAACCUCAGUGAGAGGUUAGAGGAACAGGAGCUAGCCCAGAUUUGACAGCAGGACUUCUGCUUUCUAUACAAGUUUAUUUAAGCCAGCGUCUCGUGGCCAUUAGAAGAACUGCAGUUUAAGAUAUUUUACUGUGGUUUCACAGUCUGGAUCCAUUUAGGCUAUUAUCGCUCAUCCUUCCUCUGAUUCAGGGGUGGGGAAGCAGGGAACAAGGAAGGAGCAUGAUCUGCCUCGGGACAGGAAACUCUGACAAACACAAAAUACUACACACAGCACUUUUGAGCAGGUCGUGUUCAGGCCAUGCCCUAUUUAUGACGCUGAAUGUGAAAACUAGUGUUAAGAGUUCUAUUAAAACUACAUGUCUGUUAGCUUUUCAGCUGUGUUGAUCCUGUUGGUAAAACUGGAGCAUAAUGACAAAAUGUUUGAAUGACAACGUGCUUCUUCAGUCCUCAGCAACUUUGUGAUGGUUUUCACAUUUCAUUCUUGUUCUUGCUUCAGGACAAGAGCGAACACCUACAGAGCAAAACAAAGAUUAGUAUUUUCAACUGCUGAUAUUUUCUGUCCUCUAAUAGUGUACUUUGUGAGUGUAGGUGUGAAUACUUGCCUAUAGCCAUUUGACAACUGUAAAACAACUCCAUUUGAAAAAUGCACAUCAUGCCAGCA